UUUGUUUUGCUCCGCUCCUCAAUUUUCCCGCGAGCGUGAAAGAAAUCUGAUUAUUUAUUGCAAAAAACUUUGAAAUAAACUUUGCAAUGUCUUCUACGAAGCUGAGUACGUUUCUACGAGCCUUAGAAAAUGUGAAACAAGAUCUAACGUGCGGUGUUUGCGGUGAGCUUUGCAACGACGCCGUCACUUUAAGCAAAUGUUUUCAUUUGAUUUGUGCAGAACAUUUUGAUGGGCUUAAAAACUGCCCUACGUGCAACAUUGCGCUCGAUGGAUGUAAAUCAUUCACCGACAAAGAUCUGGCCUCUACGAUAUCUUCAACUAAAGUUCUGGAUGACAUGUUUAAGCCUUACAGAACUGAGAAAGAAAAUGUACAUUCAAAUUCGAGAGGAGACAAUUCUGCUGUUUCAGAACAGGUUAAAAAGCGACGAGCUAUUAAAAAGAAGGAGGUGGUUGAUAAACCAGACAUAGUUGUCACAGAACACAGUACAGAGAAGGCCUCUGCUAAGAAAACUACUCAACAAAGUAACAAAACUGAUGAGCUGACUAUAAAAAAAGUUGACUCUGGUAAGGCAGCAUCUAAAGCAACCCAAGAGAACCUCAACGCAUCCGUCUUAUCAAACAUCAGCAGCUCUAAGUUAAACAAAACUGUAGAGAAAAGGAAUUUGAAAGGAGAGACAGCCCUGCAUGUGGCCUGUCGUCUCGGCAAAAUUGACAAAGUCACCGAACUCCUUAACUUAGCAGCCAACCCUAAUACAAAGGAUAAUGCUGGUUGGACUCCGUUACAUGAAGUUGUUCAAAAUGGACGGCUAGAUUUAGUAAAGCUGCUCUUACAACAUAAUGCUUUGUUAAAUGUUCCCGGUCAGGGUAAUGAGACACCACUCCAUGAAGCAAUAAGGUACGGCCAUAAGGAUAUUGUCAAAGAACUUGUGAUAAACGGUGCUGACGUAAAUGCUCGAAACAUAAAAGGAGAAUGCCCAAAAGACUUGGCUACAGGUGAAAUGAGAGAAGUUUUAGACUCUGCAGCUGAAAAUAUAGUUCAAACACAAAGUGCGAAUGUCACACAUAUUUCCGCUAUGCACUCUGAGAUAGAUUAUGAUGACAUUAGAGUAUACUGCGUGUCGGAAACUCGUAAGGCUCAAAGUAAGCUUAAAUUGCUAGCCAAACACCACAGUAAUCUACACAUAGAGGUAAAAUUCAACAAGAAAGUCACUCAUUUGAUUGUUGACACUGAAGAUGAUCUGACUUGCAUACCAACGUUAGACAUCCUGCAUGGAAUAACAAAUGAACUGUGGAUUCUCAGUUCCAAUUGGAUAAUGAACUCAUCAGAGGAAAAAUUAGAAUCAUUUGACAAGUAUGAAGUGGUUGGAGUAGGAAAAGACACAUUUAACGGUCCAAAAGUUGCAAGAUUCAACAAAUACAAACAACUGCCUGGUCUAUUCAAUGGCUGCCACUUUUAUUUGCAUAACUUCACAUCAAAAUAUGAAAUAUCAAAGCAAAUUGUGUUGACAAAGGCAGUAUUGUCCAAACUAAUAACAGAUGCCGACGGUGUUGUGCUAAGAAGGGUUCCGAAUCCAGAAUCAAUACCAGAGUCUGAGAAAUUAGUACCGUAUCAUGCGAGGAAAGAUGGGCCCUUGGUAGAAUGCUCACAUUAUAUUAUUUUCAAAGAUAUGUAUGAACCGAGGUACAAUAUGAAGCAUCUGAAAGCCUUGCCGGUGGGAUGGCUGAUUGAGUGCAUUGAAAAGUAUGAGCUUUGUGAUCCUUAAUUAACUGUUUCAUUAUGUACUAUGUAUGUAUAGCUUCUAUUUAGUUAAUUUGUAUUUACUUUGAUCGGAAUUUGGGGCCAAUACUUUGUUCAAUUCUAAUUUGAGAAAUGUAUAAUAAUUAUUAAUUUAUUUGGAAUAAAUAUAACUACUAUCUUAUAAAA